AUUAGAUGAGAGAUGAGUGAUAAGUCACACUAGAAGUAUCUACAGUCUGGAUAUAGUUACACUUACAGGCAAAUGUAAUUCCCAUGCUGACCAGGAAUGAAGGCUAAUAAGAAGACCAAGCCCCAGAGAAUGGGCCACUGGAAAGGAAUGUCCUGCAGCACUUUACCCAAAGCAGGAAGCAACUUUGCACUUCCCUUUGGCAUAAAUUUCAUGUUGGCACCUUCACCACACUUAAACAGUGCUUUGUUCAGUUGUCCUCAGCUGUUUGCACCAACACAGGCUGCCCUUUUGGGGCUAGCUCAGCUUGAAGCUCAACUGGUCCUAAACCAGUUAAAUAACAUUGCUGUUGGUGACCACAGUGGCUAUUGUAAUCCCCUUCUCCCCAGUAUUUUACACACAUAUCUGUCACAAAAUGCAGCGCCUUUGUCCCUCUGCCAGCCACCAAGAGCUGCUUCAUACCCACUGCCAAAGACUUCACAUGCUCCCAGUAACCUUGCAUCAGACACAAUCUAUCAACAGAUGUCUACAGGCAUCUUCCCUUUAGUAUCUGCAGAUAAGCUGGAGACAGCUAACACCAAGCAUCAGAAUGGUACUGGGGUGAUGGGUGCACCUCAGGAGCAGGAGCAGACACUAGGUUCUUGUUUAGGCAAAGAUAAAAAGGUACAGGCUGAUUUUCAUGAAGCACCACUUGCCACAGUCAGCUGCAACCACCAACAAGAAAGCCAAAAAACACACACUCUGACAAGUUCUGCCAUGCUCUCCCCUGCAACCCAGUAUGUUCACCAGCACAAGCCUACAAGAAUUGCCUCUGUUGCUGCACCCUCAAGAUAUACAUCAGGAAAAGUCUUUGAAUAUGGUCAAUCAAGAAGGAAGUCUGAGUGGAGGAAGUCACCAAGAGGUUUAGCAUGCUCAAAGAAGACUAAUCAGUCUUGGGCAUACAGAGAUAAAAGUCAGAGUGAAUGGCAUGAACACCAUUCUCCAUCACAGUCUAUAUCACCCUCACCCUCCUGGUCUCCCAGCCCUCCACCACUUAGCCAUAAGAGGUGCUCACAAAGCCCAGACAACUCUGAAAGAUACAGCCCUUCUGAUCUUAUACAUGGAGGCUCCUCUUCUGAAUACAGAUCUUCAAAAAGAACAAGAGAUUUCUCAAGUACAAAUAAUUUCUGUCAGGAAAAGUCUGAAGAAUGUGCAUGUGGACAUCAUCAAGCAGAAUGGUGGUGCUUUUCUUUCCCAUCAUCAUCUUGCUCAAAUAAAUCUUCAAAAAGCACCAAGAAGGGACACGUUCCAUCUCCAGACCUAAAGCAGAAGAGGGAAAUUUUAAGGAAAGGAAGCUGUUUGUCUGUUAGUCACUCACACUGCAGAUAUCCCUCAUUCAAAAUACUGAAAAAAGAUGAUCAUCAUGCUUCUUCUUCAACUUCCUUACAUACACCCCAGCAAACAUCAGCACAAAAUGUACUGCAAAAGACAAAGAACAUCAUCAAAAAGACAAAGGAACCGUGGGUGUCAGUUAUGCCCCAGUCCUCAAAAAGCUGCCUAAAUAAAGCUCAUCUGGGUCUGUUGGGCAUCCCUGCUGAAGCAAAGUACCAGGAUGUCUGUCGAAGUUUGGCACCCUUUGGAGUAAUAAAGGAGCUUGUGUUUUUUCCACAGCUAGACAAGCAGUCACAAGUGUUGGCCUUUCUGCAUAUGUUGAAAAAGGAGGAUGCUGAAGCCCUUUCUAAAUGUCAAAAUCUAACCAUCUGCAACAAAGUCAUCACUGUGGUACCCUAUCAUCAGAAACCAGUUGUGCACACAGAUGGCCCCCAAGGAAAGAUUGCGUUGCAGCAACCGAUGGUCCUGAUGGAAAGUGGCGAGCCAAACUUAAUAACAACACCUGAAGUCGAGGGAAAGAAAGGUGUAAUUCGUAUCUCUGGAAUUCCUUUUGAUUACUCUGAGUAUGACCUGAUCCAACUGGUGACCCCUUUUGGUCAGCCCAUCAAGAUUCUCAUAGCAACUGAAGUUGACAUGGAUAAUGGUCUGGAUUGGAAGAUGGAGGUAUUUAGUUUUAUAGAUCCAUUCAGACUGCCCAAACUGACAGAGGAGCAAAAACAGGAUCUGGAUUCACCCAUAACAGUAGAAGAGAUUAUUGAAGUUAUUAGGGCCUUGCCUUCUGGUAAAUCUCCAGGACCAGAACCAGGAACCUUUGCUUCAGAACUAGCCCCACUCUUGCUCGACAUGUAUACAGAGGCUUUUGAGAGGGGUGAACGGCCUCCUACUCUGUCACAAGCGCUGAAUACCCUUGUUCUUAAAGAUAAAGACCCCUGUGAGUUUUGGUGGUGCUUUUCAAAUGAACUUUCAGCCCUCAACAUUGUACAGGUUUACUCUGUUGUCCCAGUGCAUUUAAAGCAAUUUGACGUGACUCUAGUGCCCCAAACUGUAGACUUCAGUUCACCUGAGUCAUUAUUUCAAGCCUUUACUGCACCAACAGACCCUACAGGUUCACUCACACCAUGGGAGCACCUGCUGGUGGUCAGUAAUGUCCCAGACCAGCCCCACAUAGCUUCAGAAGUGCGCAACCUAGUGCAGCCUUUCAGUAAAGUGCUCCGAACGUUGGCACUUCCAGAAGAAAAGGCCACAGAUCAGACUGUAUCUGAUGAUCAGAGCACUCAUUGCCUCACGAUGGUCUUUGAGUUGAAGUCUUCAGUGAGUGUUUCCUUGGCCUGUGAGUGGUUUCAGAAAACCCCCUGCAUUUUGUAUGAUUAUCACCUUUGUUUUUCCAUGGGGACUAAACCUCAGCCAGCCAAAUCUGGGGUCAUAGCUAGCAGCAAGAGCUGGAAUGGACUAGCCUCAGAUGAGAACUGCAGAGUAAAACAUCAUGAUAUGAGUCCGUGGAUCCAUGGAUCUGUAGAGGGGAUUUUGGUCCUUAUCUCUGGAUUUCCUGAAACUAUGGAUUCUGAAGAUGACUUUAUCCAGAUGGCAGCUCCUCAUGGUGUUCCAACUAAAGUUGUCAUUGCGGCUGCUCAGAGAAAGGCUUUGGUGGAGCUUCCUGAUAAGCACUCUGCUAAGAAGAUGGUGGUGGCUUAUAAUGCUAUCCCAAUUGGUUUGAAACAACUAGACAUGAAACUUCUGCCUGAUACAGUUGACAUCAAUAAACCAGUGUCACUUUUUCAAGUCAUUAUGGGUCCAGAACAUCCUGGUGGAAAAGCUACAGAUCCGCACCUCUUGCUGACAGCUGGUAAUGUGCCAGACACUGUUAGUGGAAUCUCACAAGUGCAGCAACUAGUCCAGAGAUACGGUGCAGUGAAUCAUACCUUGAUUCUCAACAACAUGGUCAUAUUUGAAAUGAUAACAUCUAAAGUGGCAAAGGUGGCUUACAAACAGUUGAAAAAGCUACCUUACACAGCACACAGGGGCACACUGUCUUUUGUCUGGGGUUCAGAUCCUUCAGUAACAUCAAAGGAAGACGUUGAAGAUGUCCCCUUUGAUUUAGACAUCCAUGACUUUGUUUCAGUUGAUGAGGUCAAUGAUGUCAUCCCUCUGCCUGCUGAACCUUUCACAUCAACACAGCCAAACCGUAGACCUGACACCAAGAUGGCAGGUGAUAUCAGAAGCACAGAGGGGAUUCAACACUUCCCUUUUUCGGGGGAGGAGGGGAAGCAAACUUAUGGCAAAACAAAAGAGGGGGCCAAAUGUCGAAGAAACAAGAAAGGAAGGAGAAGAGGCCAAAAACAACAAGAUGGCACCAUGAACAAUGUGCGGUUGACCUCAUCUAAUAUCAGUGACUUACCAGCUGUGGUUGAAAAUCAGGUCAAAAUCCAAAUGAAAACUAAACAACAUGAUGUAACAGGCUUAAUACACAGAAGGAAGUGUCUUUUGGAAAAAGCAAAGACCUUUUCUGAAGAAGAGGAAUAUUACCAGGCCUGAUUUCCCUGAGGGAUACUCUCUUGUGCCAUUUAACCCAGAAUGUCCUGUAGGCACCGAAUUCCUUGAACAAAAGUCCAGCUUCUUUUGCAAAGUGUGUAAGAAGUUUAGUGUAGGUGAUGAGGAAGUGAAGGACAUCCACUGUCGCAGCUUCAGACAUUACAGAAAUCUAGAGAGAUGCCUGCAAAACUGGCUGCAAAAGAGAAGCUGUUCAGAGCAGGACAAGCAUGGAAGAUGAAAAUAUGCAGCACCCUUUUUUUCUUUUUGAGGAGACAAAACUAAGCAAGAUCGCUGGGAGAGUUCAAGACAACAGAGCGCAUUCUGUGAUUUUCUUUUAAUUCUGUUUUUUAUCUUAUCAGUAGUAGAUGAAAUGUAUUCUCCUGCAAUACUACAGGGAGAUUCACUCGAAAGAGGCCCCGAAUAUUCUGUUGUAACUCCCGUUAGGAUGAAGCAAUCUGAACCAAAAAAAUACGCUACAUACCAUGUGUAAUUGUUUGCAUUACAUGUUAUGCUGGAAGUGAUCUCUGUUUUCUGCCAGACACAUGAAGGGGUACGGGGGUAUGCACCUGGAUGUUGCAAACGGAGGUUAAAUGUUGCAAUGGCUGUCCGGCACCUACCUCAUUGCUCCGAUGCAGAGACAUCCUGGCUUGUUCGAAGCUCCAUAUACUGAGGAACACAUU